GCUUGAUUUGCACAGACGGACAUCUGGUCCAGGUAGUUGUGGUUGCCAUGCCGUCUCUACGAAUCGUGCUCGUGGCGACUUGCUUCGCUUCAGCCUCCGGUGGGGCGUGCACGCCGGUGGAUUCGUGUCCGAAACUUUCCGAUGGGCUUUAUUGCCCAGUGAAUGAUGUCACGGAGCACGCUGAUAUCAACCGAGAUGUGAAACUCAUCAAGGACCAUCUUAAGGCAAACGACUACACCAGUGCGAAGGCGGUCUACACAGGUGGCAGCUUCUCCUCCAAAGGAGGUGGCAUCAUGCGGACGCUGCAAGCCUUGGCUCAGAAGGACAUGACGGUCAAUGGCAAAUACACCAAUGUCUUCUUCUCGGGAGCGUUGGAUCUCUACGGAUCCAUUGAUGGAAUUUGGCACAACUACAUCAUCGCCUGCCUGGACGAUACCGGUUUUUGCGCAGGCAAGUCACAUGACUUCAAGUCAUACAUCAUCAACAAGUGUCUCAUCGGAGUGGUGACGGCCUACGCGACCUAUGAAUUUGGGGCAGCUGUUUGGAAAGCUAGAGAAAACAUGACCGCUGAUGACGAGGCGGCUUACGCCUGGGAUGAAGGGGCUGCCUUCCACAUUGGCAACAUCGAGCCUGUGAUUGGAGAUGGGUACACGGGGAAAGCCCCUGGAAACCUCUACUCUCCCUAUGAGUUCAACUGGAAGCGUGAUGACGACUUUGAUGAUGGUCUAUCAACCCAUGCAGCGGCUCCACCCACCUUGAACUUUGGUUUGCUCAACGUGCGUGGCACCUACAAUGCAGCCAAUGUGGCGAGUGCACAGCUGGCGAUGUAUAAGAUCUACUCCAUUGCGGCCAUCCGAAGCGCCUUGAAGUAUGCCAAUAAGGCUUAUAACAACGGGACGUUUCAGGAGAAAUACCUGGCAGAAGGUUGGGCCUAUUGGCGAAGCGCCUCUGGGUACAUAUCAACGGUGAACAAGACAAUUGUGCAGCAGGUCGAUGCGUUGUUUGAUCUAUCUUUGACGGAUAUGCCUGCUGAUACAGAUUGUACGAUCAAGAGCUUGCUGGAACCGAUGUACCCAGACCUGGGCAUCACUUGCGCCAUGGUGGGCACCUGGAAGGACGUCAGAGAGAUUUCCGGCCAUUGCCUGGCCACCGCCUGUGACGAUACGGGGAACAGCGCCACCUUGGGCGACUCCUCCACCGCCUGGGUGGACAUGUGCAAGGCCAUCCCGAGCACUUCGGAGUCGGAGAUGGAAAACAGCGGCUUUACCGCCAGCGUGGCAGCGGCAAUGCCCCUGUCAAUCUUGGCGAUCUUUUUCUAAGUACAGUACUGGUUGGUAGGUGAGCAUGUUUCAGCUAUUUCUGAUGAUUCGAC